AUGUCCAACCAUGUCAACGGCGUUAACGGCGUGAAGCCGGUAUUCCCAGAGAAUGCUGCUACAAGGGAAUUCGCCAAAUCGUUGGAUGCAGCUGACCCUCUGGCUGCAUUCCGCGAGAAGUUCAUCAUUCCCUCCAAGUCCAACAUCCAGUCCAAGAAGCUCGCCAAGCCCAACCUCUCACCGGAGCCAUGCAUCUAUUUCUGUGGCAACUCGCUCGGUAUCCAGCCCAAAGCCACUGCAAAGUACAUGGAAGCCCACCUAGACACAUGGGCGUCUAUCGGCGUCAACGGCCACUUCACCAAAAUUGAGGAUUCUCCCCUCGACCCAUGGUGGGUGAUGGCUGAGCAAGCGGCAAGCUCAAUGUCAAAGCUUGUCGGAGCUGCGCCAGAGGAGGUUAUCGCAAUGGGAACGCUUACGUCAAACCUACAUCUGUUACUGGCAAGCUUCUACAAGCCCACUGCCACCAAGCACAAGAUCCUGCUGGACUGGAAAGCAUUCCCUAGUGAUCAUUACGCCAUUGAGUCUCAUAUCGCUUGGCACGACGGGCUGGACCCGAAUACGUCCAUGGUACUCAUUGGCCCUGAUGAGGGCGAGUAUGAAAUCCCCACGCAAAAGAUCCUCAACAUCAUUGACGAGCAUGCCGAUGAAGCUGCUCUGAUUCUUCUCCCUGGUAUCCAGUACUACACUGGACAGUACUUCGACAUCCAGACCAUCACUGCUUAUGCACACUCGAAGGGACUAAUGGUCGGUUGGGAUCUGGCCCACGCAUUCGCAAAUGUUGAGCUGAAGCUCCACGAGUGGGACGUGGACUUUGCAGUAUGGUGUACCUACAAGUACGGCAACGCUGGGCCUGGAUCAAUGGGCGGCCUUUUCGUUCACGAGAAGCACGGAAAGGUUGACUACAGCCAAGGCGAGGACGCUCCUCAGUUCCGACACAGGCUCGCAGGAUGGUAUGGUGGUGAUCGGUCCAUCAGGUUCAAGAUGGAUAACAAAUUCAAGCCCAUCCCAGGAGCAGGCGGCUUCCAACUCUCAACAUCCUCUGCCACAGAUCUCACCUGCCUCAACGCCUCCCUUUCCAUCUUCGACCAAACCUCGAUCUCCGAACUGCGCCGGAAAUCUAUCCACAUCACCGCGUAUCUGGAAUACCUGCUAUUGGAAGACACAACAGACGAGACCCGUCCAUUCCGCAUCAUUACCCCCUCAAACCCUGAGUCACGAGGCGCCCAGCUGAGUUUACUCCUCAAGCCUGGCCUUCUGCACAAGGUCGCCGAGAAGCUGCAAGAAGCUUCGAUUGUCUGCGACAAGCGCGAGCCUGGCGUUGUCCGCGUUGCACCUACUCCGCUGUACAACACCUACACUGAGGUGUGGCAGUUUGUGGAACAGCUCAAGGCUGCUUUCCGAGAGUAG